GAGGGAAUGAUUGGGCACUGCUAGUCACCACCCCAAAAAAAAAAGGUUGAGAGCUUGGGAAAAGGCAAACCUGAAGGUUUGGGCUGUGCACUGAGAAUCCAUGGAGUGGCGCUCGGGCACCGGACUGGAUCUCGCGGCAAAAAGCUGGUCCAAGUCCGGGCAGGCCGAGGGGCUCUGGGUGCUGUGCCAUGUCUGCGCCCUGGCCGCUGCGCUGUUCGUGACGGACGGGUCUCAUGGGUGUCGGAGACGCCUCUGCUGUUGCCCUACGCCGCGCCCGUGCCAGGGCUGCAGGUCACUGUAUCUGGCAGUGCGAGCGCCCCUGGGCACUUGCUGUACUGUAUACAGCGUGCAGUGUCAGCGGCGUGACUCAGCUCCCAGGAAUGCACAGCCUGCCCUGGGAGGGCGUGGGUCUCUGGAUGGGCGGCUGCAGGUGUCCCACAGGAAAGGGUUGCCCCACGUGAUCUACUGCCGGCUGUGGCGCUGGCCGGACCUGCAGAGCCAUCACGAGCUGCGGGCCGUGGAGCUGUGCGAGUUUGCCUUCCACAUGAAGAAGGAUGAGGUCUGCGUCAACCCCUACCACUACCAGCGGGUGGAAACCCCGGUGCUGCCCCCCGUCCUGGUGCCAAGACAUACAGAGAUCCCCACCGAGUACCCACCGCUCGAUGACUACAGCCACUCCAUUCCUGAGAACACCAACUUCCCUGCCGGGAUAGAGCCGCAGAGCAACUACAUACCUGAGACCCCACCACCCGGUUACCUCAGCGAGGAUGGGGAGACCAGCGACCACCAGAUGACCCAUGGCAUGGAUGCAGGUUCUCCAAACUUGUCGCCUAAUCCUGUCUCUCCAGCACACAGCAAUCUGGACCUGCAGCCCGUGACGUACUGUGAGCCUGCGUUCUGGUGUUCCAUAUCCUACUACGAGCUGAACCAGCGGGUGGGCGAGACUUUCCACGCCUCCCAGCCCUCCCUGACCGUGGACGGCUUCACCGACCCCUCCAACUCCGAGCGCUUCUGCCUGGGCCUGCUGUCCAACGUCAACCGCAACGCGGCCGUGGAGCUCACCCGCCGACACAUCGGCAGGGGUGUGCGGCUGUAUUACAUCGGGGGAGAGGUGUUCGCGGAGUGUCUGAGUGACAGCGCCAUCUUCGUCCAGAGUCCAAACUGCAACCAGCGGUACGGCUGGCACCCGGCCACAGUGUGCAAGAUCCCGCCUGGCUGUAACCUGAAGAUCUUCAACAACCAGGAGUUUGCGGCUCUGUUGGCCCAGUCGGUGAACCAGGGCUUCGAGGCUGUGUACCAGCUGACCCGGAUGUGUACCAUCCGCAUGAGCUUCGUCAAGGGCUGGGGCGCGGAGUACAGCGCCUGCCAGCGAGAGGGAGCCCAGGCUCGUCUCGGAAACGGGGGCAGGCAGGCAGGCAGGCCGGCCGGCUGCGUUCCCAGCCCUGAAUUAGUUUCCAGAGUCACCAGGUCAAGAGAUGGCCGGCGUUUUUUUGUGUGCGGCUGACUCGUCUACGAUUCCUUCCUCAAUAUAAAACGGAACUCCCAGGGAAAGAGAAAUGAAAAGGACAAAUGAGUGCGCCUCUUGUUAGUCAGCCGUGGAGCACCGUCUGGGUAGUGGCCAGCAGAGUUAAGGGCUGACAAAUGUGACUUGUAAGGCCUCCAAGUGACACAGUUCCACUUUACGUAGUGAUGAUAAAGUCUGUGCGCGUCUUUAUUAAAAUAAAGACGAGCACAGCUUCAAGGAAAGUCUUGACUGUGUUUUUUUAUGGCUUAAGACUUAAUCUUAUUGUUUCUGGGGGAACUAAAAAAAAAUGAAUCCAUCGUAAUUAAAAGCAGAGCAACGCUUCCCAAAGGGGAAGACUGCUGAGCAGACAGCGCAUGUGGAGCCAGUUAAGAGCUUGGGUCGGAUUUCUCCCACCCCCUCUCCUUCUCCUUCUCCAAGCCAUUAGGGCUUGUUAAAAUUUGUGAAUUGAUUGUGCUGGCAUAGAAACCUCUUAAGGUUUUUUUUUUAAAAAAACCUGCAGAAAGUCUCCGCAAAGCUGAAGGCAGAUUCCAUUCUCACAGUUGCCUUGUAGGUUAUCUGGCAGCUGGCUGGGAUAAUGUAGGCAGAGUUUUCCAUUGCUCUGGGAAGGGUCAUUUUCUUAUCUGAGAUUAUAGUGCCCUGGACAGAGGGAUCAUACCAUUAUCUGGGUGCCAGACUCUCUACUGUUUUUCUUAGUUUCUGAAAUUCUACACUGUCAUUUGAAAUAGGCCUACUGGUGCCUCCCCAGUACUGUGGUUUGGCAGCAUCUCGUCAGACCAGAGGAAGCCUCUCUGUUUGCGCAUCUCCUGUGUUUAUUCUAGAGAGGAUGUGUUUGUAGAGUGGAAAAAAAUGGUUGCAAAUCACUGUUCUGAAGUAGCGGUUUUGUUUAGAAGAUACUUAGUGGACAAGAGUUCACCUCCGGUUUGUGUUGCACAGUCUAAAGCAGUGGAAUACGGGUUACUGGGAGGGGGGAGUCUCAGGAAGUACAUCCUGUGGACUGUCACCCCAAGAUUAACACUGAGCUGGAACUCGUAACUGUUUUUUUAUCUUAUUAAUGGAAAUACUCUCAUGGAGGAGCGGUGUGGGAAGCAGUGUCUUUGCUGAAUUGCAACAAUAAUACAGUGUAUUAGAGAGCAGUCCGAUUACUGAACUUGAUCUGCAGUAUAGUAUAAACUAUCACUAUAGACACUGACUAGAGAACAUCAGGAACUCACUUGCAGCUAUGAUGCAGUGCAUUGUGCUCUGUCAGCACUGUUACACCUGGAAUAUAUAUAUAGUAAGUUAGAAACCAAGAACUCCUAACUCUGGACCUUGGAGUAAGGACUCCAGCAGGUUUUGUGUCUAAAUUGCCAUCUUACAGUUGUAGAGAAGGGGUACAUUGAUCCAGUUAACCCUUAAAUAGAUCAGUUUAACAGGGCUCCUGGACAAAGCAGUGCCUAUAAUAUAAGGAGAUCUAGCACACAUACUACAUUAGAGACUGGAGUUAGCAACCUCUUGUUAUUCACCACCAUCACAGUUUAAUUAUAGUUACAAUGUAGAAUGUUAAAUGUAUCCCAGGCGCAUUAGAAAAACAAUAUUUUCUAACCCAUUUAUUGUCCAAUGAUUAUUCUGAAAUGAUAACUAUGAGAAAGUAAAUUGUAGACUGAUUGCACUGAAUUCCAACUAUUGUACAAUAAGCUUUUACCGCUGUUAUUACAGAAUUAGAUUAACUUCGUGCUUGAUCAUGAACCGUAAAUGUUUUGAUUUCACUUUUCAUGGUUGUGUAGUGAAGAAGGCUGCACCUGACUGUAACUCGGCUAAUUACUCUUAAGUCUCCUGACUGUGUGGAUUGUAGUUUUGAAGGGGAAGGGAAUAGUUAGAUUUGGAUAGCAGUAGGGAUUGGCAAAGAGCCUUCAUGCUUUCAAACCUUGGUAUGUUAUUAUUUUUGGCUUUUGAAGUGGUGACAUCUUAACUUUUCUGUUUGAAUGAAAGUGAAGGAAGCAGGAGAGAGAGAGGAUGCCACAGUGAGUACCUGUUCUCAGUGGGAUUUCUAGUCUCUUAAACAAUGCGCUCACACAUGAAGUAGUGGCUUUGUGAUGGGUGUGUGGAAUGCAGCCCCCUCUUUUCUCUGUAGGUGUAGUCAAGCUUUGUGUUGGCUGCCAUACACCACAAAACAUCCCCCCCCCUCCCCUCCCCUACAUGAAGGUAUAAAUGCAGCUGACAGUCGAAACCAUUGCCUUGAUUUAUCUCUCCACACUUGAGCUCUGAAAAAACUUGGCUUCAGAUUGUAAUCUCGUCUGGCAGCCACCCUCUGUGUGUGUUUAGAAUAACCGCGUUUAAUAGCACAGGAGAGUGUCUUAUUAAGAUCAAUAGCAGCGGCAGACUGAAGGGCCUGUGUGCUUUGUUUCAAGUGUGUUUAAGUGUUUUAAUGACUAUGAAACUCUAGCCGAGGGAGGGAAACAAAGGGUUGAAUUCUUCCUUUAUACUGCCGGCCUGGGAGAAGGCACUACAGUAAACGUGAUUGGGGUUGUGAAGACCUGAUUUGAGAGUGCGGGGGAGUAUUGCCUAAGAAAAGGAAUGCUUUAUGUUUUGGGGCUGUGGGACGUCAGCUAGUUUGUGUCCCUUUUUUGGCGCAGAACCAGAUAAAAGCAAUCAGACAGACUUCUGCACACUCUACUCCCAAGACACUGGACACCACCAGUGUUGUGGAACGCAAAGCACUUCAUGUACAUGUACUGGACAUUUUGUUAAAUGGGGAUCUUGUAUCACCUGCAUUAUCUGAAAGCCAUGUAAGGGAAACCUUAUUUGCCCCAUCAGGGAGUGAAUUGAUCGUCCCUGUUAUAAAAGUAACAGUGAUAUUAAAUUGACAGUAAGUUGUGUUCUGCACAUCUUGGUUCUUUUUAUUCCUGUUAGUACCUUUGAGGUAGUUUCAGUGAUACCCAGAUACACGUAAGAGCAUAUUCAUGUCAAAGCAGGUGGCAAAAGAUUCACUAUGUUCUGGGAUUCCAUUUUGAUCUUCAGAUUACAAAUGCAGUAACAAAUGACAGUUCAGAAAAACUGAGUUGAUUCCAAUCUGCUUUAAAUGCGUCUGCACUUGUAUCACAGCAGCAAGAGCUUACGCCCACCAUGAUCAUUUAAGAUGGGCUGGAGGAUCUUCUAGCGUGUCCAGCACUGGCUGAACACCAAGUGGGUUCUGCACCUUUCUCUUUCAUCCAAGAUGAUACCUGAGAGAGAUUUUAGAAUUGUGAAACUGUGUGACCAGUGGACCCCCGUUUUUUUCCAGGCUUAGCCUGUGGCGCGCGCUCAGAUAGCAGGCUCAGGCUCUUUCAGGACUGCAAGUGCGAAUGCUGACUAGGAUUUCUCCUCAGCAGGUUUGCCCUUGAAUCGGUACAGAAUCGAAGAUCAGGUCCUGGCUGCAUAAACACCUCAAAUAUGAAAGCCAUAAGGAAUAAAUAUAGAAACUGUGAACUUGAACUGUUACUGAUUUAUAAAUGCAAUGAGCUGCUUUUGUGUAAAAGCUCAAAGAUCACAUGAGGGGAGCAACUAAGGGGGAAACUAAGCUUUUCUUGUUUUCUGCAAGUGGCUCAGGGCAUUUCAGAAGGGCUGCCAGUCUCGAAUGAAAGGAGAAAAAUCCUAUCUCUUGAUCCCCUGGGAUGCCUUAAAUGUGAGCCCCCCCAGCAGACAGCGCUAGGCCUCCAGUAGAGGGAGGUGCUGCCAUAGGGGUGUUCAACACACAGCUGAUCAGGAAGUGGGCAGGUCAGAGCACCUCCUCAUCCUCCCUACCUGUGUGUGGUCACGGGGGGGUUUGUAAACGUCAACCCGGACAAAACGCACAGCUGCCGAUUCCGAAUUCAAGGGGUGCAGAAGAUAUAAAAAAAGGCCCAAGCAACAACAGAAUAAUUUCCCCCUAGAAUUGCUUGCUGACGCUGGUUGUUUUUAUCUCUCUCUCGG